GGCCUUUUCUGUACGCGUCGCUUACUGUAUGCUUCCAAUUUGCGCUGUUUCCAGCUGUCUUAAUCCUCCACUUGUUUCAACCGGUGCUAGCUUCAAUAAGCGCUAGGCAGGCCCGAUGGACCAAGCUAGAGCACCCAGACAAUUAACACUCUUAGAUGUGCUGCGUCAUCUCGACGUGGACGCUCUCGACAGGAUUUUCCAGGUCUGCGACGACAGCUGGGACGAUCGUCCAUCGCCAUUUCGGGGGGCCCGCUUGAGCUGUCGUGCGCUUCGCGACAUCGUGGACAGCAGCAUCGCGCACAUUCGGCUCCGGAUGUCGCCAGGGCUGCUUGCGUCUUGGCGACCGGGGCAGCGGUCCCUGCUGCCACGGUUCGGGCGGUGCACCGAGCUCUCCGUGUUUUUUGAGGCCGACAGCGAUGAGGCCUUCGAGCAGCCCGCACCGCUGCUGGCAGCCCUGUGCGUCAGCGGCAUGGAGCCCGCCGCGGCCGCAGGCAUCGUGACCCUCAGCCUGUACGCCGAGCAGCAGCAUCUGAGCACGCUGGCUGGGCAUGCCAUCGCCCUGGCUGGCUGGCUGCGGAACGUGUGCGAGCUCAGGCUGGAGUCCAUGGUGCCCUGCGAGGAGAGCCCCGACGAUAACCUUGUCGUGUACAGCGCCCUACGCUCUGCGCUGCCGCGCCUGGAAACACUGUUCUUCCCCCACGUCGCCUUCCUGCCGGGACUGGAGGCGUUCGUCGGCAGCAGGCUCAGCAGCGUCAUCGUGGAGGAGGACGCCAUGGGCUGCCGCUUGCACAUGCAGGACGUCCGCAGCCUGCAGCAGCUGACCCACAUUAGCCACCUGGAGCUGUGCCUCAGCGGCGGCGACAUCGGCGGGCCAGCGGAACGCGAGCCGGAGCCUGCAUCGGCGGAGGAGGCGGCGGCGGCGGCGGCAUGGCCGGGCUGCGAGGACGACGAGGCGACGCUGGCGGGGAUGGACAAGGACGACGCAGAGCAGCUGCGCAGCCUGCGGUGGCUACUGGCCGCACCACCGGCUGGGCUGCGCCGACUGGAGAUGCGGCAGUUCUGGAUAGACAGCGACUUGCGGGACAAUUCGGCGGAUGAGAACGCCUACGCGGAUGCGGAAGGCAUCGUCAUCAGCUUCGCGGAGGGCGGGCGCCUGACGGCUGUAGACCUGGGGUCCGUGGACGGUCUGGACGGCAUGAACUACCUCGCGGCGGCGCUGCUGCCGCGCCUGCUGCUGGCGCCGCCGGCGCCGGGAUCGCAGCGGCUGCCGCUGCUGCAGAUCAAGGAGAUCAGCGACACGGCGGCGCGAUUCCGCAGCUUCCUGCAGCCGCAGCGGCCCCUGGCGCGGCUGCUGGCGCUGUGCGACCGCGUGGAGGUUGGGCGCGUCGAGGUGCGCGGCAAGCCUCCGGCGGCGGACACGGCAGCGGUAGUGUGCGCGGCCGCGAAGUUCUUCCACUGGCCUCAUUACAUGGCCUUCAACCUGAAUAAUGACCGUACGAUCAAGAUCGGGCAAAUCAGCAUCGCACCACCAGGCAGCAGGGGCAGCGGACGCAGAAGCGGCGAUGGAGGCAGCAGUCAGACUGCCGGCGGUGCGCAGCUGGCUGCGCCUGGGCCUUGCCCGCCGGCGCUGGCGGACGUCACGGCGCAUCAGUUGCUGCAGCGAGCGGGGAACCUGAUGUGGUCAGCGGCGGCCGGAACGGCAACGGCGACUUCAGCGGCCAGCAGCGUGUGCGAGGGCCACGAGGGCUGCAAGGGCAUGCCGCUAGGCGUGGGCGCUAUGGGCGCCGUGGGCGCCGCCGCCGCAAGGCUGGCCAGCUGUCCGCGGCAGAGCCGGUGCGCGGACCUGCUGCUGCGGGGGCCGCUGUUGAGGCAGUUGGCCGUCGGCCCCGGCGGCGCGCGGCAGCUCGUGGCCUGGCUGGAUGCCUGGGUGGAGGAGGCCACAUCAGCGGCUGCGUCACUGGAUGGGCAGCACGUGGGUGCGGCGGCAGGAAGCACAGGGCCGGGCGGCGGGGCGGCAGGAGCAGCGUGCUCGGCAGCGGCGGAGGUGGCGCGAGGGACCUGCAUCACCUCAUGCGAGGUCGCGGCAGCUGCAGCCACCGCGUGGGUGCGGUGCCGUGACCCGCCGCGGCUGUGCGCGGCAGUGAAUGCGGCGGGCGCAGUCCACCCGGGCAGCCUGGAGGCGCUGCUGCUGCUUCGGCCGUCGGGGCGUUAUCAAUGGAGCACCCACCUGGCCAUGGCCGUUCAGGAGCUGUGGGACCGCCACACGGCAGCCGCACCCGCUGGCGAAGGCUCGUCAGCGGUCACGACUGGGGCCCCCUCCUGUACGGUGGCGGCGGCGGCGGCGCCGGCUGCCGCCUCCAGCAGUGAUGCGCACAAGCUGGCGCUGCUGCAUCGGCUGGUGGUCCUGCAGCUCGAGGCGCUGGGGAGCGUACUGGUUUGGGAGAGAACGGUGGGUGACGACGGCUAGGGACGGAGUGAGCAUGCAGAGGAGGGGGGCGGUGCGCAAUGUAAUGUUUCCAGGGCGUUGGGAGCUUAGUGCUAUGGGCGUACGAGAGCUUCAAAUGGCUGUGAAUGCUGCGGCACAUGCCAGUUGGGAGCUUGGGUGUUGGCGGGUUUGAGGGAAUGUGAUUUAAUGUGGAAGGGUGUGUGUUAGGGUUGAUUGCUGUCAAAGGACGCAGUUGCCAUGCUUACGAGUGCGCGUGAGCACAUGGCGGGAGAACAAGAGGAGCCGGCGGCGUAGUGUCAUUAUGGAUGGCCAAACGCGCUAUGGCUGGCGAGUUUGCUACUGCACUGAAAGCCAGGGGCAGCCAAGGAUGUGCGUGGCAGCCUGCACGGGCACAUGGCGUUCUUGGGGGCCGUAUGGGUGUGGGGACAACUCCGGGGCUGACGUUGGGAUGCCCAGCCGGCAAGUACUACGAAAGCACCUCCUGCAUGCCGGCCGGCGGGUCAACUGGGUUCCGACACAUGUAAGCCAUCGGGUCG